CAUACACCACCCCCGUAACUGGCCCGUAACCCCCUUUCCUGGGGCAGUAACAUCGACUUUACUGGUCAGCCUUACUGGGGCUGAUCCACCUGGGAGUUGAACCCAGCAGUCCUUAAAGACUGGUGCCUUCAUGGAUCAGGCGGGCUUGAGCCCCUUACGACCCUCGGGUUUCAACCUUCAUUGGGUGCCCCUUGAUGUACUCGCUCCGUUGAGAUCGUCAAUAACCCUCUAUUAAGCUAAAAAAAUCACAACACGGCCCACACGCCGUCCCAUGCCCUAAGCGCAUGUUGUCUUAGCGCGGCCCUCAUGUCAUGGCAUAGAAAUGAAUAAAUCACAACACGGCCCAUAUAACAUGACCGCUUUAUUCCACCUUAAUCCUCUCGCAUAUCCGGAUACGGACGCAGGUGUCGUGUAAUGUGCCAGUGCCGCGCCAGCAUUACAAGCAACUUCUUAUUGACAUGGCACCGCAUCUUCCGGUCGAUCUGUGAUGUGGCAUUUGGGGCUGUGAACCAACUGACCCUAAGCACUACGUGCUCGGCGUUGUCUGGUCCCUUGUGCACGAGGAUCUUGUCUACACAACCGAAGCGCAUCAACACCUCACCCCGAUACGGCCUCCGCAGGAAGAAGCUCCCGGCGAUUAAACGUUUCAUCAUGCUGACCAUCAAGUGGGAGGACAUCUCAAAAGCCCUGGAGAGUCGUAAACCACGGGAGGGGUCCAUCAUCAACAUAUAUGCCGUGUGCAACUGGUGGGGCUCGCAGCUCUGCCGGCUGAUGACGGGCAAGAAGAUGACGGACAUGGUGGACGGGCGCCCGAACGCAGUUAAAAUCGUGUCGGAUGCGUUGCUGGACAAGAUCCGGACUUACAUGACAAACUACCAGUCAAAGAGCAAGACCUUGAAGAGCCUUGUCAAGCUACCGGACGAUAAGUACCCGACGGAUGCGGCGAAGGAGGCUGCCCUGCGCCGCAUGCAGGAGGCCACCAAGGCGGAGUACAAGGCAUUGGGCAUCGAGGCAGCCACCAAGAAGUUCCGGGAACAGGUGAAGGAAGAAUUCAGCAAAGUUACGCGAUCAUCGGCAUCUGUUCGCGAAAAGGAUGCUGCUGCUGCGGCAGCGCCAGCGCAUCCGCUGAGCAAGCGUGCCGCAGCGCGAGCAGCAGUCGAGGUGGCAGCGACAGCGGCUGAGGAGGACGACGUCGAGGACGAUGCUUAUGAGGCUGAGGACCAUGACGGCGAUGACGACGGCUACGGCAACGGCCGCGAGGAGG